AUGCUGGCCGCUCUGCCCUACAACUCUGCACCGAUGUCAGACGUUUCAAACCUCGGGUCUCGCGGUAUUUCCGCGCAGCCGGAUUCCCCGCUCUUGAACGAGAGUAGACUAUGUCCAGGAUGCAAGAAAUCGGUAAUAACAGAAGUCGGAGGUGUAGUGGUAGCCUUUGGCCAGUCGUUCUUCCACGUAGACUGCUUCAUGUGCGCCAAGUGCGGGAACCAAGUUACGGCCGACACCAAUUUGCUCCUUCUGUCGGAUGGCUCACCAGUAUGCGAGAAUUGCUCCUAUUGUUGCAGUAUCUGCAAGUUGCCGAUCCUGGAUGAGGCGAUUAUGGCCGGCGAUGAUUCGUACCAUGCCCACUGUUUCAAGUGUAAAGUGUGCAAGAACCGGAUAGAUGAGCUCAUGUUUGCCAAGACCAGCCAAGGAAUCUAUUGCAUGGACUGCCAUAGUGAGCGGGUGGCACGGUCCAGACGUCACGCGCAGCGCCAGCGCGAGAGGGAGGAAGAGAAGGAGAGGGAAAGGGCAAGGGAGCAGGCUGGAGCGGUCGCAGGAACUGUCGACGGAGGUUCCGCCAGUUCUCGCGAAGAUGCAGCAAAGGCACGGGAAGUGAUAGGAGCCCCAGCCCGAUUGUCGCCUCCGCUGGACCAUCAUUCCUCUCCGGAUUCACCUCGUCCGUUAUCGCAUGCGCACUCUCGCGCUGAUCCGAACGGCACACAUCACCGUCCUGGUCCAAUCCGUGCUACGAAGUCCGCCCCUAGUGCGCACAGAGCAUCCUCUAUCCCGGACCGUGGGGACGGCGUUCAUGGUGGUAGCGAUCACGUUCCCCGUCAGCCUUCGGUGCCAGUAUCCUCCAUCCCUUCCAUUUCCGCUACCCCAAGUUCCCCACCGCAACCGCAGAGAUCGACCCCUCUCCCCGACACUGGAUCAUUGACCGUCUCUAUUUGUCAGCCCAAAGCUAUCCCUGCAUCGAACUCGAGUUCGCGUAAGAAUUCGUUCUCCGAGAAUGUCAGAUCUCAUUCUCCGGUACCACGUAUGGACUCUCUCGGUGUUCCUUCCUCUGGUGCGGAGAAGUCGCUCCUAACGAGGAAGAGCUUUGAUGGAAGCGUAAGGCCGUCGAAUCUGCAACUUCGUCCAAGUCACAGUUCCCAUUCUUUAAAAGCUGCUGCCAGUAUGAGUCGCGCUAGCCCGAAUUCCAGAGGUUUAAGUUUGCCCGACAGAGAUCAGGCCCGCAGAGACAAGCGCAGUUCCAUCAAUCCCGCGGUCGCCCGAUCCUUCGCCAAUGCGCAAACUCAGCCAUCAUCCUCUAGCAGUAGUACAGCCCCCGCGGUUUCAUCGACGCAUGGACGCGACUUCCCUCGGUCCACAUCUACUCUUCAUGAGCACACCUCUGCAGAGCAGACAGCACCUGCCUAUUCCUUAUCGGUCCCGCCCGCCCCGGCCACGUAUAAUCUCAACCCACAGUUGUUGGGACGCGCCCGCUCAGGCUCAUCUGGCAGUCCGUUGUCGGAGAAUAAGCAGCAGCUUAAUCAAGCCGUUCAUUCCCUCUCAAGACCGGGAUCUGGCUUGGAUCACUUACCUUCGCGCCCCGGAAGCCACUCGGAACAGCAAGCCCGUCUUGCGGCUGGAGAUACCACGCGCUCUCAUGAUGCAGGUCCUUCGUUUGGUGACGGCCGGCGUAAGGACGAGCGUAGACCACCCAGUCUUCAUUUGGCAGAUGGCAACGUCGCUCGUGCCCAGGAGUCGUCGGUAGACAGGCCGCAGGCGAGUCCUACACCUUCAGUACAUACUCUGCGAAAUAGCAGGUCUUCGUCCGGCACGAUUGGCAUGGAGCUUGAGCUGCCGCCUGCCUCAUCUUCCCCGAUGUCUCCUUCUCACCAUGUGGACGUCCCUCACGGCAUUGAGAGUGGCACAGACACAGAAUCAGAGGAGAGCAGAGACAUGGAAGAGCCUAAUGUGGACGCGCUCCCACCGGCCCUACCGCCCAAGGGUCUGCCGCACCGGGGAAGUAUUGCUCGUCCACCUCCUCUACGACUGGACACAAUGGAUAUGAGUCGUAACUCGUCGGAUGCAGGUCACACCGACAGUGGAGAGGGUAUCGUAGAAUCUCCCGAGUCAUCUCCUGUGGAGCGGACGUCGCAUGCGACUUUCAUCGCACCUGCGCUGCCGCCGAUCAGAAUUUCUAUGGGAGGAACAGACUUCUCUGACUUGUUGAAGUCUGUGGGGGGGAAUGUGCUCAAGCUCGACCAGCUCAAGGAGGCGAACGAGGAUGGCAGCGUAAACUCAAUCUCGAGAUCUCCGUCCAUACUUCCCUCGCCUAGUUCCAUUUUUGCGUCAACACCGACGAGUGACGGCAUAAUGAAGUCUCCUGAUACCGACGAAACCCCUGUCAAACGUGUAGAACCAAUCCGAAAUGGCUUGAGUCGGCAACCAAGUCUAGCUCACGAGAGAAGCGGAAGCCCUACACCAUCGCUGGCCAAGGAUCGUGCGUUUCCCAAGCUAUCAACGAAUGUAGAUUCUGUGGGGAUGGGCACAGAUAGUCGACCCCAAUCCCCGCGUGUUCUGGAGGAUCGUCGAGCAUUAGUCGAGGGGCCGUCAUCUACUCAGUCUGGCCAUCUGGACGGUCGCCGCUCCUUGGACGUCAAAUCAAGGCCGCGGAAGAUUAGUACCCACUCCUCGCGCACUGCAACCAUCGAGUCACGUGACGCUGCGCACAUUACCGUCACAUCUCCCGACAACCUGACCUCGAAGCUGUUGCGCGCUGACUCUGCAAGUGUGGUUAAACGGCAGCUACAGGAUGUGUUGUCGACCGCUGCCUCACGCAAAGAGACUCAUGUGACACUGCCUGUUGAUCUAGUACAGACUAUGUUUGCAUUGUUGGAACAGCGUGCGGAAGAGUACAAUGAUCUCAAACAAAAACUUGACGGUGCAAAGAGAGCAAGUAAACAGUAUAUUGACGGAUUGACCGUUGCACAAACCGAGUAUGACCGUGAGCUUAAAGCUCGGCGGGAUGCAGAGGCAGAAGUUACCCGUCUCAGGGUCUUACUGUCAGGGCAAGCAGUGCGACUAUCCGCGAUCUCUGGGGAGUCAAAACGCCAUGAGGUGCAGAAACAGUUGUCUCGGGAACUGAACGACAAUCUUUCCACCUUGGAGAAGUCUCUUUCCCAGCUGAAGGUUGAACGGGACAUGACGUUGGCAGAGGUAGAACAGCUCUCCGCAUCAAGGAGUUCCACCACUGUCGUUGGUGCCGAAGACGGUUCGCCUGCUUCCAUGACCCGGGCGUUGUCAAUGCGGUUCGACAACAUCAAGACUCAGUACAAGCUUGAGCUCCUCCCUCUGACGGAACAACGUGAGGCUUUGACACGAGAGCUUGCCGAACUGAAGGCCUCUCGAGAUGCGUUCCUGGAGGAGACCACCAUGCUGAAUGCCCGUAAUGAGGAGCUGGCGCAGUUGAAUUCGCAGUACGUCCGUGGUCUGGAGGCUGCCGGAAUUGAUUACGCCAAACCUGGCCACGCUCUUCAAGACAGCAUCGACUACAUCAAACCGAAGAAUCUGGCAGAUUUUUCGGCGUCUGUCUCGUCACUGACCGAAGAAUCAUCCGAAUCGAGAUUUGUUAAGAUCUCGAAACCAGAUAUCAUGGAGAGUCCCCAGGUAAAGCCGACCAGAUUCAUUAAGUGGCCGGGUUCCAAGACACCGAAGGAUAAUGUCGCUGUGGCCUGGCCUGACCCUCACAAGCCGAUGGGCCGUAAGGAGCAUGUCUUCCAGCAAAUCAGCGUUCUACGCCUUGGACGGUGUGACCAUUGUAGCGACAAGAUGUGGGGUUCACAGCUGCGCUGUUCGAGUUGCAACAUUGCAGUCCAUACACGUUGCAUCCAUCAAGUAGCUCCAUGUUCGCAGCAGAGGGUCGCACGUGAGGAUAACGCGGCUCCACUUCACCCUUCGAUCUUCGGACGUGACCUCAUCGAGCAAGUACGGUUUGAUUCGCGGGAAGACCCGCGGUCCAUUCCGGUCAUCGUCGAAAAGUGUAUUGAUGCCGUUGAUGCAUUGGCACUGGAUUAUGAGGGCAUAUACCGCAAGACGGGCGGCUCAGGCCAAUCGAAAGUAAUCACUCAGCUCUUCAAUAGCGCAAAUUACCGGUCUUUCGACCUGCGCAAUACGGAGAAAUUCAACGACAUCUGCAGCGUCACUUCCGUGCUCAAGUCAUACUUCCGGGCGCUGCCAGACCCUCUUCUAACAUACGCAUUACAUGAUGAAUUCAUUGCCGCUUCCAACAUCAAGGAUUCUGCUGUGAAAAGUGAGGCACUUACCAAGCUUGUGCACAAAUUACCGAAAGAGCAUUACCACACCACACGUGCUCUGAUGCUCCACUUGCAUAGGAUCAGCGAGAGAAGCGACCAAAACCUCAUGCACGCCAGGAAUCUGGGGGUCGUAUUUGGACCCACCCUCAUGCGCUCGCGCGACCCUAAUGCUGAGUUCGUCGAUAUGGCUGGCAAGGCCCUCUCUGUCGAGUGGCUCAUUGAGAAUGCUCCCAUGGUCUUUGAGCAUUCAGGACCAACGCAAUAA